AAAGGGGUGAAAAUGGGGAUGCCAGUUGCAAGGGAAUUGGAUUAGAAGCAAAGAUCUGAGGGCACUUGGUGCAGGGGAAAUGAAAGUGGAGGACCUAUAAAGAAGAAUCCAAAAGGGAAAUCUGGAGAGGAAUCUAAGGAGAAUUAUAUGGGAUGCCUUUUAUAAGGGAAAUCUAAGAAUCAAGAGCAGUGGCAGAAACUUUAGGUUUAACAUCAAAGUUGACAGCUCUUAAUCCUAAAGAGCCUUGUGGCUCUUUUAGGAUGAUCUAGAAUCCUGGCCUUCUCAGAGAAGGGCUGAGUUGAGCAGACAGGGUAGAGGAGAUUCAAUGAUGUCCCAGAGGACAGGGAAUUUUCCUUGUUUUAUAAAGCACUAUAGAUGUCAGGCAAUGUCCUGAAGUGAGGGUAGAGGGACAAACAUGAGGUGGUAGAAAAGAAGUUCAUCUCUAUUCAUUCUAUAAAUGCACCCCUGAGCAGCAAAUUGGGUGAAGAAACUGGGUUAUGCUUCCUCCCCUACUUAAAUCUUUCUCUUCAUUUCAAUAUUCCUCUUAUUCACCAUGCUCAGUGAAAUUCUUAGGCUACUUGCCAUUUGUAUUGAAGAAUAAUUGAAUAUGCUGUUCAGCCAUAGCGGGAGCAAUGGCUCAACUAAAGAAAUGAAUGUCUAAUAAUAUGAUUUCAGGCCACAUGGUGGAGAUCUUCUGGUCCAGCCUAUGGGAAGAUUGCUAGAUUUCUUACAAUACCAUACUGAAAGCUUAUGUUACAUCUUUAGGUGUCAUCCUCAAAUAUAUCAAGGUCAUCAUAAUAUAUGAAGAAAACAUCUUGACUACCUUUGACAUCGAGGAGUUUCCUUAUUGGCCACAUUUUCAAAUGCUGAUAUCAUUAGAGCAGUCCUCCAUGGUUCAACCUUAAUGUCAUAGGCUAUCUUCGAUAUUUCAGCACUAGACUGAUUUCACAUUUGAAUACUCCUCAAUUGGUCACCAAAUUUAUAGUGACAUACAGACUUUACCCUAAGGUCCUUCAUCCUUGGGUACUAAAUAGACAAGAGAGAGACAGAGACAGAGACAGAAACAGAGAGAUAUUAAACCCUUGGACUUCCCUCACCUAUUCUGCAUGGAGUACCAUCAUUCUCAGCCAUUAAAUAGGUCAUGUCAUCCAACCACACAACGUCCCGAUUGCCAGCAUUUCUUUUGCUUGGAAUACCCUGGAGAGAAGACAUCCACAAGUGGCUUUCUAUUCCCUUCUUCCUCCUCUACCUUGCAGCUGCUCUAGGCAAUGGUGCUAUCCUGGUGGCAGUAGCCCGUAAUCCAUCACUUCGUGAACCCAUGCAUUGUUUCCUCUCCAUGCUUGCUGUCACUGACUUGGCAUUAUCGGGAACCACACUACCAACCACAUUAGGAUUAUUGUGGUUUGGUAUCAGUCAGGUGGCCUUUGAUGUCUGCUUGACUCAAAUGUUUUUCAUUCAUGUUGCCUCAGUGGCAGAGUCAUCAGUGUUGCUAGCCAUGGCAGUAGACCGAUGGACUGCCAUUGCCUGUCCACUGCGGUAUUCUGCUCUCUUAACUCACCGAGUGGUUGCAAGGGUAGGACUAGCUGUGCUGAUCCGGUCAGCUCUCACAUUGCUACCACUGCCAUUCUUGUUGCUCAGGCUGACUUAUAAUGAUCAGCGGAGGCUUACUCAUUCUUUCUGCUUCCACCCAGAUAUCAUGAAACUGGCACGUAAUGAAACUGAAGUCAAUGUUCACUAUGGUCUCUUUGUUAUCUUGUCUACAGCUGGUAUUGACUCAAUCCUCAUCAUUCUCUCCUAUAUCCCUAUAGCAAGGGUGAUUCUGGGCCUUGGGUCAUGGGGAGAGAGAGUGCGAGCAGCAGGGACCUGUGUGAGUCAUGUGGCUGCUGUUCUAGUAUUUUUUGUGCCCAUGAUUGGACUUUCAGUCAUGCACCGAUUUGGGAGUCAUGGUCCAUUGCCUCUGGCCUUGGUGGGCUACAUCUACCUCCUGGUGCCACCUGCUCUCAACCCUGUUAUCUACAGUAUCAAGUGUCAGUGCAUCUGGAAAACCCUGCUUAGGCUCUGCUUUUACCAACCUGGAGUCCCCAGGUGGACAUCAUCUCCUCAUCCCAGCCACAUUAAACAUAAAUCUCUCCCAGUUACCUGCUCUCAGAGAUUUUCUGUUCAGACAGUACAAAUAGAGUCACCUUCCAUGGGGAGUUCCCAGUCUGAUGAAACAAGCAUUGGUCUAGUCUUUGGAGAUACUCCAGUAUGAUGGGGAAUGUGUGGGAUAGAUCCAAUAUGAACAAAUAACAAAACAAUUCAAUCAAUUCUAAUACUAAAGAAAGUGAUUCAAAGCUAUCAAACCAAAUACUAAGUGGUUUGGUAGGUGAUAAUGAAAAGUGGGAUGAGUGAAGUAGCUAGUUAGGUGUACCCACUCAGACUGAAAAAUUUUUUUUGGUAGUAAAUGAGUUUUAAACAAAAAUGACUAGUGUACUAUAGAAAAAAUACUACAUUGGGAAUCAGAAGUACUGACUUAUUGGUAUUCACUGCCAUUUAAAAGAUUACAUGUAAUCAUCCAACCACUUAGAUUUCCAUUUUCUUUAAUUGUUAAAUAGAAAUUAAUUAAAUUUACAUAUUUUUAAAAGCUGUUCUGAAGAACAAAUAAGAUAUUAUAUGUUAAAGCACUGAAAACCAUAGAACAAAAGGAAAAUGUGAGGAAUUGUGGAUAUAGAAACUUGAAAGGGAAGAUGAAAUAUCUGCCAUAUAUCUUUGUAUAUCAGAAUUGCUGAUAGAAAAUCCCUCCUGACUCUGCCAUCCUCCAAGGGUUACACAGAGGUGUUAAGAGGCCCAAUGUCCCUGUCCUAUAAGUCCAUCACUUUACUAGUUCAAAGUUCUUAAAAGUUCAAGUUUCAAAGCUCUAUUUUAUACUGUGAAUUUCCAAAAAUCUAAACCUUACCACCAUUGAUUGCCUGUACUUUCAAGCUCUGUCCCUUUUAGAGGGUCCCCCUUUUACAAAGCAGAAUAUGAUAUUCCUGUGCUUAUUAUAACAGGAGAAGAUUUUCAUAAAAUAAUAUUCAGGGCACAAGAAAUUAUUGGCUAAAAGUUAUCUCCCCUGUGAGAUUACAACAUGGUACUACAUCUUCAAAUUCUAAGCUACUACUGAUUGAAUGUAAAUUCCUUGAGGGUUAAGGAUGAAUUUUGCAGGGAAAUGAUGAUGGAGAACUGAAAAGAAAACAGUUGCCUGGCAUGAUGGACACACUGGUGAAAAAACUGCCUUCCAGCUUUUGCUUCUGCCCUUACCCUUUUAUGAUCAGUUUUGUAAAGAAAAGACAAUAGAGAGGUUUGGACUUCUGCUUCCCUGCUCUGCUGGCCAACAAUGACCAUGGUUUCCCUUUUGCUAUUGUUUCCAUUUUAUUGGUGGUGUUGUUUUUAAUUUCCUGAUAGUACAUGUUUGCACUCACCUCUGUUCAUGUAUUCAAAAAGAGAAAAAUUGGAGCCUGUCUAAAUUAUUUUCUGGUGUGGUUCAUGAUAUUGGUAAAGUGGUAUUGGAGUAAAGUUUUCUGUCCCAUUAAACAGAUGUGAAAUGGAAUUUCUUUAUGGCACAAAUGGAAGAACAGAGAAAGGGGGAGAGAAUGUACUCAUUUGGAUCUCCAUAAUAGAAGAGGAUGUUGUAUUUAUUCCCCUUAAAUCGAAGGAUCCAAUCUGAGGUCCAUGAAUUCCUAGGAAUAAUUCAUGGAUGGAUUUCAUAGAAAGUGUGAAUUUCUUUUCUUUCCUCCCAGUAGUUUGAGAACUGAAUUUUAAAAUAAUAGGUUCUUUAGUAAUCUUAUGUAUUUUUACUUCAGACAUUUAAAAAUACUAUCCUUUGAAAGGAUUCAUAGGCUUCACUAGACUCUCAAAGUGAUCCAUGACCCCCAAAAUGUUAAGAAUCCCAGCCUGGGACUAACACAAGUUAAUAAAUAUAGAGUAAAUCUUAGACAGGGAGAGGGAUAAAAAACAGUCCUGAAAUGCUGCUCAUCAAAAACUAUUUUUAGCUUGAAGAAUUUCUAUCACCUAAGCCUAGUUUCCCAUCAGACCUCUCCAGUCAAAUAAUAUCUAUAUUUUUAUUAUUAAUUGUGUCCCUUAUUCAUGCUACUUGUGAGAGUUCAGGGAAGCAUUAUAUCUAGACUUUUCUACUCUUUUUUCCAUUUAGGAAGUCCUUACUUUAUUUAAGUCACUUAGGGACUCUAAUCCUUCUCAAUAUUGUAACAACUGAUUAUCCCCCUGCUCAUUAGGGAUCCAUAUUAUCAAAAACAGGCUCACUCCAUUAUUACAAUAUUCCCAUAUUGGCUUGAAUCCAGGGAAGAAGAAAAUCUUCUCUAUUGGUCACCAUUCUAAUGAAAGUCUUCCUUUUCAUGAAGAUUUAACUGGAAUAAAAGUUAAUUCUGUUAACACAAACAAAAGUUAUUACAAAGAAUAUCUUUCACAUAUCUAUCCUGAAAAUUUCUAUAAAAAUUCCACUCAGUUUAAGGCAUCUCUCAAACUAAGAGGCAUGAAGAUAAUGGCUGUGUGCUUGUAUCUGACUGAAAAUCCUGAGGAUAGUUGAUACAUGUCUUCCAUUUCUUAACUCCUUCAUAUCCUGACAGAGAUCAGGAACAGGUUGUUGAAGAAGGGGUAGGGAAGGCACAAAAACAAUUUGCUGGUUGAAUUCAUUAAUUGGACACUUCAGAAGUAAAUUAUUUUUUUCCUAGAAUCCACAGGACUAGGAACAGGUAGCCAUGUAGACACAAGAAAUACACACAUACACACAUACCCCUCCCUUCUAAGAAACUCAAAUCUUUCUCUUAUGCUACAAAGAUCAAAUAAAAAUCCUCCACUAUUUAUUUGAAGCUCUUUAAAUUUAGCCUUUUUGUGUCUUUCCAUUUUUCUUACACAUUGAAUAUCUUUGAGUACUCUAAAUUCCCUUAGGACAUUGAAAACUUCCCUUUCCCACUUCUGUUCCUUUGCACUGACUGUCCCUUAAUUCCUGAACUGCAUUCCCUUCUUCUCUCUUUCUCUUGUAAUCCCUUUUUUCUUUGAUAAUUAGCUUACUGGUUAUAUCCAUGAAGACUCUCAGUCUACUAAGCUACUAGAGAUCUCCCUCCUAAAUCUAAAACUUGUAUUAUUUGGGAGUAUAUUCUGCACAUUUUUAUAUGUAUGCAUGUUGACUCUUCCUGUGAAGUAUAAAUUCUGAAGGUAACAAUUGUUUCAGGGUUCAGCACAAUGCUUAGCAAAACAAUAAAUGAUUACCACUACUUAUUGAUUGAUUGAUUGAUCGAUCCAGCCACGGAAAACUCUUCAGGCUUUUUGAAAUCUUCUUAACAUUGGGAUAACUCAGAACUACCUGACAGUUCAAUGUUAAUUGUAGGAAGAUUCAUUACAUAGCAAUGUGCCUAAUAAAAUGAAAAAAAACAUAAAAUUUCUGUCUAUAUGUUCCUUUCUCUAUUCUUCUUUAACCAAUUUUUUUCUCUUGCCUUGUCUUUCCCUUUAAAAACACUGAAUUAAGAGUAGGAAAAUCUGGUUCAGAUUGUCUAAACAGAGAUUCUUAACUUGGUUGUGCAUGAAUUGUUUAAAAAUUUGAUAACUGUAUUAAUCUACUACUCUCCUUCCUUUUUUCUCUUCUUUUCUUUUCUCUUUACUCAU